AUGGCCCUCAAUCUUCGUAAAAACCAUCAAAUCCUCAAAAUCAUUAACGACGCCCUAAUUGACCUCCCAGCUCCAUCAAACAUUUCAACAUGAUGAAACUUCGGGUCCCUACUAGGCGUUUGCUUAAUUACUCAAAUUGUCACAGGUCUCCUACUAGCUAUACACUAUACAGCAGACACCAACCUAGCUUUUGCCUCUGUAGCCCACAUAUGCCGAGACGUACAAUUCGGCUGACUCAUCCGCAACCUCCAUGCAAACGGAGCCUCCUUCUUCUUCAUCUGCAUUUAUCUUCACAUCGGCCGAGGCCUCUACUACGGCUCUUACCUAAACAAAGAAACCUGAAAUGUUGGAGUUAUCCUCCUUCUAACCCUAAUAGCAACUGCCUUCGUCGGAUACGUCCUACCAUGAGGACAAAUAUCAUUCUGAGGCGCUACCGUAAUUACAAACCUAUUCUCAGCCAUCCCAUACAUCGGACAAACACUAGUAGAAUGAGCCUGAGGAGGAUUUUCCGUCGACAACCCCACGCUGACCCGAUUCUUCGCCCUCCACUUCCUUCUCCCUUUCGUCAUCGUUGGACUUACCCUCGUCCACCUAACAUUCCUCCACGAAACGGGCUCAAACAACCCACUAGGCAUCCCAUCAGACUGCGACAAAAUUCCUUUCCAUCCAUACUACACCAUCAAAGACAUCCUAGGAUUUGUCCUAAUACUUUCACUGCUUGUCUCACUAGCCCUAUUCUCCCCUAACCUCCUGGGAGACCCAGAAAAUUUCACCCCAGCCAACCCACUAGUCACUCCACCCCACAUUAAACCAGAGUGAUACUUCCUAUUUGCCUACGCCAUUCUCCGAUCCAUCCCAAAUAAACUAGGAGGAGUACUAGCCCUAGCCGCCUCAAUCCUAGUCCUUUUCCUCACUCCACUACUACACACAUCAAAACUACGAUCAAUAACUUUCCGUCCCCUAUCACAAAUCCUAUUCUGAGCCCUAGUCGCCAACGUCCUAAUCCUAACUUGAGUAGGCAGCCAACCAGUAGAACACCCAUUCAUCAUCAUCGGCCAACUAGCCUCACUCUCAUACUUCACAAUCAUCCUAAUUCUAUUCCCCCUCGCGGCCGCCUUAGAGAAUAAACUACUCAAACUUUAA